UCAAAACAAAGCCUGGCUGCUCGUACGGAAGUGAUUCUGUUUCGGUGGAUCCCCACAAUAGUAUCUGAGAAAUGAGGGCUGUUACAUAUUUAAAAUGUAGUUAGCUCUCUUAGAAGCGUUCUUCAUUUAAUUAAUAAUAUUUAAUGUUUUAUUAUUUUGGUUUUGAUAUUGCCUGAAGUAAAGGAAGGAUACCUAGCUAGCUUGCUAGUCAUUUUAGCUGCAGCCAUGCCGUCCUACUCAGAUCUGAAGAAAACCAACCACUUCUACUACUUCAUCAAAUUCACCUUAAAUAUCUAUUCAAUGCUCUUCUCGCUGAUGGGUCUUUGUGUGCUGUGUGUGGGGGUGUAUGCCGAAGUAGAAAGGCAGAAGAAUCGAACCCUGGAGGGCCUUUUCCUGGCCCCUGCCGUGGUGCUCAUCCUGCUGGGCCUGGUGAUGUUUACAGUGUCGGUGGUGGGCAUGGUGGGAUCCCUCAGGGACAACAAGACCCUGCUGCACAUGUUCCUCUGUGUGCUCUGUGUGUUGCUGCUUCUCCAGGCCAUCGGCCUCACCAUGGCUCUCAUCUUUGAAAAGAAGACAUCUGCCCUGUUCCAGAGCAGCGUACGGGAAGGAAUUAAACACUACUACGAUGAUCUGGACUUCAAAAACAUCCUGGACUAUAUGCAACAAAAGUUUUCCUGUUGUGGAGGGGAUGAGUAUAAGGACUGGGGAGUCAACCAGUACCAUUUCUGCAAUGGUACUGGUCCACUAGCCUGUGGGGUUCCAUACACCUGUUGUGUACGCCACAAGGUUGGAGAGGUCAUCAACACUCUCUGUGGUUACAGGACUCUGGACCUGAAUGAACAGCGUGAAACCCUGCAUGAGAAGAUCCAUGUGCGAGGCUGCAUCCAUGCAGUCAACCUGUGGAUGAGUGACAACAUUGGAAUAACCAUUGCACUCUGCUGCGCCAUCGGGCUGCCCCAGUUGCUGGGCAUCCUCCUGAGCUGCGUCUUCUGGAACCUGCUGGUGGACAUGAGCGAGUCGUCCGACAUGGUGGACUUUAAGCUGAAGAAGGCGGAGCUUAACUACAGCGAGCUGGACCUGGCCGGCGCCGGUUGGUGCAUGUGUCUGCCCAGAGACGGCGGCUACCUGCCGGUCCCCGCGGCGGAGCCCGACCUCGACCCCAUCGACGUUCACCUGCAGAAGCUCAAGAAGCAGGCGCCGCGCACACACUCUCAGCUCCGGGAAAUGCAGCAGUCCAGAUCGGCCAGCGGGCUGGACGAGGUCGACGUUGGCCGCAAGCAGAAAAGGGAACACUGAGCGGUCUUUUUGCCCUUUCUUGCCUUUUUUUUUUAUUUUUGCCUUUUUUUUCCGUCAUUGUAACCAUUACAUUUGUUGAAGUUGUGUUGCACUACUUAAUGGUUGAACGUGUCAGUAAUUGGAUCGAGAGUAAUUUGAUUAGCUGAAGGGAUCAGACGUACUUUGGCACUUUGUUGAUUAAUUUGUUUACAGCGAGGACAGAACAACAUGCAACACUGACUCUUUAAAAAUCCACAC